GAGGACGAAGAAAUUACGCUAGUUACGCUAUACAUAACAACAACAUCACGACGAACAAUCCCAGAAAUACCGGCACAAAAAUGCCUCCCAAGCAGCAGCAAACGUUGGGAAAGUUCUUCGGCAAGGCAGACGCCCCGGCGGGUGGGAAACAGCAGACAAAAUUGUCUUUUGGCACGAAAGCGACGUUGACAUCCUCAAAGACGAAGGAAGAACCCAAAAAGGACGAGAUUGGCAGCGGAGAUGGGGGACACGAAGAGGUAGAGAAGAAGGUGGAGGAGAUGAAGAUCAAGGAUAAGAGUCCUGCCAAGACGGGGAGGGGGAGGGGAAGGCCGGCUAAGGGGAAGGAAGUUGCUAAGGAGACAACUAAGGAGAAAAGCAAGGCAGAGGAGGACGAGGAUGUGAUGGAGGUCGUGGAGGAGGUGAAGGAGGAGACAGGCAACAAGAAGAAAAGGUCACGAUCACCAACGACCAAAAGCCCCAAGUCGAAAAAGGCCAAGACCGACGAGGACUCAGACGAUGUUAUUGCGCCUGCCAGCAAGCGGUCGAGGAGAAGCCGCAAGGUGGUUGAAGACGACGAUGACGAAGUCAUGGAGGAUGUUCCCGCGUCUUCUGCGCCGGUGAAGGAGGAGAAGAGCAAAAAAGCAGCCUCACCCAAGCCCGCACUAAAAAAGAAGAGUUCCUCUCCCGCGCGGGUAGAGAAGCCAAACGACGAGGAGGCAUCCUCAGCAUCCGCAUCCGAAAUCGAAGCCGAAGAGGAAGAGGAAGACGAGGACGAAAAGACCGAAGCAGUUGCCAAAGAGGCCCGCAAGGUCAUCCAGACCACACUCGCAACCAAGGUCAAGGACCCCUACCCAGACUGGAAGGCCGGCGAGCCUGUUCCUUAUGCCGCCCUCUGCACGACAUUUUCGCUUAUUGAACAGACGCGGAAGAGACUACUCAUCAUGGAGUACUGCUCUCUUUUCCUGCGCCAAGUCCUCCGUCUUACGCCCGACGACCUGCUGCCUACCGUUCUGCUCAUGAUCAACAAGCUUGCGCCGGAUUAUGCAGGUAUCGAGCUGGGCAUUGGCGAGUCGCUCAUCAUGAAGGCUAUCGGCGAAACUACAGGCCGUAGCAUCGCUGUUGUCAAGAACGACCAGAAGGAGAUUGGUGAUUUGGGGCUGGUGGCCGUCAAGUCGAGAUCGAAGCAACCGACCAUGUUCAAGCCCAAACCGUUGACCAUUCGCGGUGUGCAUAAGGGUUUGAUGGAUAUCGCUACGACGAUGACGGGCACGGGCGCUCAGCAGAAGAAGGUGGAUGGUAUCAAGAAGCUUUUGUCGGCUGCAGAUGCGAAUUCAACUGGCAAGGUGGACAUCACAAAGGAGAAGGGCGGGCCGAGCGAGGCCAAGUUCAUCGUCCGGUUCCUAGAGGGUAAGUUGCGGUUGGGACUAGCAGAGAAGUCCGUCAUUGUCUCCCUGGCGCAAGCCAUGAUUGCACAUGAGUUCGCGCAAAAGGGGAAAAUCCCCAGCGAAUCCGACUUCAGCAAAGCCGAGUCGAUCCUCAAGACCGUCUACAGCGAGCUGCCCAGCUACGACGUCAUCAUCCCCGCCAUGCUCCAGCACGGCAUCAUGAACCUUCGCGAGCACUGCAAGCUUCGCCCGGGUGUGCCGCUCAAGCCCAUGCUGGCUAACCCGACCAAGGCCAUCACGGAGGUGCUCGAUCGCUUCGAGGGCCAGACGUUCACGUGCGAGUACAAGUACGACGGCGAGAGAGCGCAGAUCCAUUACGUGGCCAAGGACGCGCCCAAGAGCGAAGGCGACCUCAGCCAGGUCGCUAGCAAGGACACUGGUAAAGGUGUUGCGGCUAUUUUUUCACGCAACUCGGAGGAUUUGUCACAGAAGUACCCGGAUGUGCUCGCGAAGCUGCCGACCUGGGUCAAGGAAGGCACCAAGAGUUUUGUGCUGGAUUGCGAGUCCGUGGCGUGGGACACAGUCGAUAAGAAGGUGUUGCCGUUCCAGCAGCUGAUGACGCGGAAGAAGAAGGAUGUCAAGCUGGAGGAUGUCAAAGUCAAAGUGUGCGUGUUUGCGUUUGACUUGUUGUAUCUGAACGGCCAGGCGGUGGUGGAGAAAAGCCUGAGGGAACGGAGGGAGUUGUUAAGGGAGGCGUUCAAGCCUGUGGAGGGCGAGUUUGCGUUUGCGACCAGCAUGGAUGGGCAGGAGCUGGAUGAGAUUCAGACUUUUCUGGAUGAGUCCGUGAAGGCGGGUUGUGAAGGGUUGAUGGUCAAGAUGUUGGAUGGCGCGGAGAGUGGGUACGAGCCGUCUAAAAGGAGUCGGAACUGGUUGAAGAUCAAAAAGGAUUACCUAGCCGGCAUAGGCGACUCGCUCGACCUUGUCGUUCUUGGCGCCUACCACGGCAAAGGCAAGCGCACCUCCGUCUUUGGCGCCUUCCUUUUAGCCUGCUACAACCCUAGCACCGACACCUACGAAACGGUCUGCAACAUCGGCACGGGCUUCUCCGAUGAAGUUCUACAGGAACUCCACUCUUCUUUAUCGCCCAUCAUCAUCGACCGGCCCAAGCCCUUUUACGCGCACUCCUCGGGUGGGCAACACCAGCCUGACGUCUGGUUCGAACCGAAGUACGUAUGGGAGGUCAAGACGGCCGAUCUGACGCUUAGCCCGAGGUAUAAGGCGGGCAUGAAGGAAGGAGUGGACCCGAGUGGCGAGAAGGGCAUUUCUCUCAGGUUCCCGAGGUUUAUUAAGGUCAGAGACGAUAAGAAGCCGGAUGAGGCGACGACGAGUAGGAUGGUGGCUGAGAUGUAUAGGAAGCAGGAGAGCGUGGGGAAGAAUAAGGGACCGGCUGUUGAUGAUAAUUUUGAGUAUUAGUUGGGAAAUGGGCUGGGCUGGACUGGACUGGACUGGACUGGACUGGACUAGGGUUGGGCGAAUGGACUUCAUGGUGGCUAUGAUGCCGU